AUGGCCCAGCCCCAAUCUUCGCCAGCAACACCUGUGGGUCUGCCUCAGUCACUUUUCGGAGGCCCUGCUUCACAGGCCUUGACGACACCGAAUCAAGCCUCUGCGACGCAACCGCAUUUUCAGCCGACACCAUCACCGGCAGACCAAGCACCGGGGUCAGCCACGUCGAGCAACAAUACAUAUAUCAUGCCGAACUCGCCCAUCAAGCACAGAGGCACCUUAGAUGGAUACCGUCCAAGAGUAACGAGGACCCUAGGCCAGCGACCGGCAUGUUUGGUUAACGCCUCAGUCACGUACUGCGGGAACAACCACAUAUAUGCUUUCGGAGGCUUCGACCAAUACACCGAUGAAGUGUACAACCACGUCCUCAAACUGGACUUGGUCAGCCAUCAGUGGAGUUUAGUGGAUAACUACGGCGAUAUCCCCGGCGUACGGAUGGGCCACACAGCUACGCUGUACCAAGGCGAUAAGCUGCUCGUCUUCGGUGGCGAAAACGAGCACCGAACCUACCUAUCCGAUUUGAUCAUUUUCAACCUGAAGACAGCACAUUGGACACAGCCCCAAGUCACAGGCCCAGUGCCGAAAGGUCGGGCGCGACACGCGGCAGUCCUACACGAAGACAAGCUUUUUAUCGUGGGUGGGAUCACUGGCCAUGACAAUUAUGUUCUCGACGACAUUUGCUAUCUCGAUCUGAAGACCUUCACUUGGUCACGAUCUUGGCGUUUCGUAGGUCGGUUUGAUCACUCAGCCUACAUAUCAGGAGAUAGAGUAUGGGUGUUUGGCGGGCUUUCCGAGGAUAUGGACAAAAUCGGCGACCUUUGGUGGCUUGAUCUCAAAGGUAGUCCUGCUUUCGAAUCCGCACCCCAAGUCGGGAUUUACGAUCGUCAAGCAGGGGCCAGCCGAGCUGUUGGCUCGCCGCGGCAACCCUACUCCCUAGCACACCCGCCACCAGCUGUCGGUGCGUCUGGCUAUGCCGCCAACUCCCGGACACAGCAGGUGAACCCGCCAUCAUUUCAGCUCAAGACGUUUGCUCCCAUGGCCCCAGGAACCAUCUCAUCCUUGAAAUUUGUAUCCGGGCCCAAUAUACCUUCACAAGGGUCUGGUAUACAUUUUCAUGUGUACUCUUCCGGCACGCUACUUGACUUCGUCACCCCAGCGGCGACGAUCACUUCCAAGGAGUGCUCCUUAUCGGCUUUGGACCUGGCGACUCUCAGAUGGCAGAAACUCGCUGAAGGCCGUGAGAUAUUCAAGCCAGGCUAUCGCUGGCAUUACUGCACAAUGAAUGAAGAUGGCACAAAAGCUUGGCUGCUGGGCUGCCCAACUGAUCCAGCCGCUUCGGAUCUGGGGCCAAAUGGUUUUGAAGAAUACCUCAGCGACAUUAUGGAAAUUGAUUUACGUCGAUAUGGCUUUCUCGGGAACAAUCUCUCCUUCGAGCCACGCAUAGAGUCGAGGCCAACGACACGAGUAAUUGACCAGCCGUCCAAGGGCCUUGGGGCCGACUUGGCCAAAUUGUUCGACCAGCCCCCGGAGAGUGGCAGUGGUACUGAUUUCGUCGUCACCGCCCUUGAGGGCGAUUAUGAAGACGACGACAUGAUGAGCCGAGCCGCCGAUGCCUCUGCUGAGCAGAACUGGCUAGCGCCUGAUGCUCCUACGUCUCAACCGAUUCACGUACACAAGCUCAUUCUUCAGGCACGCUGGCCGCAUUUUGCCCGACUUUACAAUUCCCAGAUGGCAGAAUUUCAUACCAAGAAGAUGCACAUUCCUGAACCGUACACAGUGGUCAAAGCCUUUCUGUACUACUUGUAUACAGAUAGCAUCCACGGAACAUCUGUCAACGAGAGCGGGGCCACCACGGACUUAUCAGACGUAGCCGGGCUGCUGGUCAUGUCCAACAUAUACGGCAUUCCUCACCUCCGGUUGCUGUGCGUGAACAGACUUUCCAAGGAGCUGGAUGUCGAUCACGCCUGUAUUAUUUGGCACUGCGCUGGGCUUGCAAACGAAGAAUGGCUCCGAAAACGCGCGGCGCAGUUCUGCCUCACGCAUUGGGGCCGCAUCGUCCGGACGCAGGGCUUCCUCCGACUGCCACGGUCAGCGUUAGUUGAGCUAUCUCAGGAAAUCGACAUGGAAGGCCGCGUGGUUGGUGGCGACGAACUGGAGUAUGUCGGCGGGCUGGCAGGCUCACGUUUUGGCGACGGCUGUUCCAUCGUCAGUCGGAAGGAGAGUGUUGGCAGUAACCACACACAGUUGCUCGACAGCGAAGCUGACGAUGAAGAUGGCAUGGAGAUGAGCUGA